CUUAAGCUCUUUAAAAAUUUUGUGGAAAAUAGGAACAAAUGUGCAGCAUGCUAUAAGCAAUUCAACAAGCUGGAACACCUAGUUGACCACAUGAGGACAUCUUAUCAUUCAGUUCAUGAACCAAAGUGUGAGAUUUGCAAAAAACACUGUCGAUAUUUUGAAUCUCUGAGAGAGCAUCUCAUUGGGCCAUUGCCAAAGGCAGACUGUGAGAAGAUUUUCAAGGAAAGAGGAUGUGACAUUUGUUUGACAAUCCUUGCUAGCCGGAAUGCACUAAGGGCUCAUAGGGAAUCAUGUCAACUCUCACGCUCAAAUAAUGGUUUGAUCUAUCGCAUGGCUAGGUUGGGCAUUCAAGAUGACCUAAGGAUUGAGAAUAGCCAUGGAAGAGUUGUUGCUCUUUCCUGCAAAAUGGUAGGUGGUGGCAGUGAUGGCUCUCUUGACCUUUGUGCUAGAGUUUGCCUAAUUGAUGAACAUGAAAGAAUCCUCUUUCACUCCUACGUUGCACCUAAUCUUCCCAUCACUAACUACAGGUAUGAAACAACGGGGAUAAGGCAAGAACAUUUGAGGGAUGCAGUGCCAUUAAAGCAAGUAUCAAAAAAGAUUCAAGAUUAUCUUUGUAAUGGAGAACCUUUAUGGCAAAUUCGUUCAAGAAGUGGAAGGGCGAGGAUCCUUGUUGGUCAUAGUUUGGAUCAUGAUUUGAAAGGCUUGGAACUCGAGUAUCCAACAAUUAUGAUAAGGGAUACUGCAAAAUACCCUCCAUUGAUGAAAACAAGCAAGCUCAGCAACUCACUCAAGUACUUGACCAAAGCUUAUCUUGGGUAUGAGAUUCAGACAGGUAUUCAGGAUCCGUAUGAAGACUGUGUUGCAACAAUGAGGUUGUAUAUGAGAAUGAAAUCACAAGCACACAGAAGGGAAGAUUAUCCACUUGCCAAUGACCCACAAAAUCGUAACAAUUUUGGGGCAUGGAGGCAAAGUGAGCUUGAGAGGAUGACGCCUCAAAAAUUGAUGGAAAUUUCUCGAUCUGAUUAUUAUUGUUGGUGUUUGGAUUCCUAAGAAAAUUGAUCUACUAGAUGAUCGACAAUGAUAUAAUUCUAUAUAGGCAAAUAAUUAAAUGGAAAAUAAAAUAACAGAAAUAUUAAUCGAUCUGUAGUGUACCAACAAAUUAUUAAGCUAUAUAUUUAUUAGACAUCAUACACUGCUUACUAAUUUAAAGAGUACAUUAGUUAUUCAAUAAUGUAAUAGAUUUUUUUUUUCCUAUUAUAUGAUCUAGUAUAUUCGUCUUUACUUGAUGACAGAAGAUUCAAUAAUAAUGUUACAAUUUUUA